AUGAAGCUGAUUCCGAUGUCGCCGCUGUCGCUGCUGCUGACCGCGGUCGUGGCUGCCGCUUUAGUCGCCGCCGUACCCGACGUCACCAUCCCCGUCGAACCGAUCUACAACACGGGCGGCAAUCAAUGUUACGACGAACGCAACAAACCUCAGAGAUGUAUACCGGGUUUCGAAAACGCGGCGUUCGGAUUAGAAGUAGAAGCAACCAACACAUGUGGCCAAUCCGGUCCUACAGAAUUUUGUGUGCAGUCGGGCAGUCAAGUGACCAAGAAGACGUGUGACGUGUGCACCGAAUCAUCUCACUCGCCCUACUACAUGACUGAUUUCAGCAGCUACGCGAAUCGAACUUGGUGGCAGUCCGAAACCAUGUACGAAAGCGUACAGUACCCCAACCAAGUCAACCUGACCCUGCACUUCGGUAAAGCAUUCGAUAUCACAUACAUCCGACUUCUAUUUUACUCGCCGAGGCCCGAGAGUUUCGCGAUGUAUAAGAAAAGUACAGAAGAUGGACCGUGGAUACCGUAUCAGUUCUACAGUGGGAGUUGUAGAGACACCUACGGAUUGCCAGACUUGAAUUACAUUCGUCUUGGCGAACAAGAGACCAGGGCGUUCUGUACUUCCGAGUUUUCAGAUAUUUCGCCAUUGACGGGAGGAAGUGUGCCAUUUUCCACACUAGAAGGUAGACCAUCGGCUAAAUUUUACGAUACAAAAUCGGAAUUUUGGGACUGGGUAACUGCAACAGAUGUCCGUAUUACGCUUGAUCGUUUAAAUACAUUUGGUGACGAAGUUUUUGGCGAUCCUCAAGUACUGAAGUCAUAUUUCUAUGCUAUUGCUGAUUUCGCUGUUGGAGCCAGAUGCAAGUGUAACGGCCACGCCAGUGAAUGUGUGAAAAGCACUUCAAUCAAUGGCACUUCCAGGAGAGUGUGUCGGUGCGAGCACAAUACGGCUGGGCCGGACUGCAAUGAGUGUCUGCCGUUCUUCAACGACGCGCCGUGGAGCAGAGCGACCGCAUCAAACGCACACGAGUGUAAAGAAUGCAAUUGCAACGAGUUUUCUCACCGGUGCUUCUUCGACAAAGAGCUGUACGACCGGACCGGACACGGAGGACACUGUCUAGACUGCGCCGGGAACCGGGACGGGGCGAACUGUGAGCGGUGCAGGGAGAACUACUACCAGAGGAAGGGCGACACGCACUGUUCGCCGUGCGAGUGCAACGACGUCGGGUCACGGAGCUUGCAGUGCAACUCCGAAGGCAAGUGCCAAUGCCGUGCGGGCGUGGCAGGCGACAAAUGCGACCGGUGCGCCGAGAACCAUUUCGAUUUUGGGCCGACCGGAUGCAAACCGUGCGGAUGUAUCGUGGCCGGUAGUCUGGACAACGAGCCAAGGUGCGAGGCUGAAAACGGAAAUUGCAUUUGCAAGGAGAACGUGGAAGGCAUUCAAUGCAAUAAAUGUAAACCGGGUUUCUUCAACUUGGACGAGGACAAUUUAUUCGGUUGUACUCCUUGUUUCUGCUAUGGACAUUCUUCGGUGUGCCAGUCCGCUUCGGGUUAUUCAAGAGUUUCCGUCGAGAGCGUAUUCGUCCGGGGUAACGAGCGAUGGAAUGGUUCGGACGUCUUCGGGAGAACGGUGUUGCCGGUCCACAGUCCUUUCAAACAGUCGUUGGAGAUUUCCUCGCCGUCGAAGGACGCCGUCUACUUAUUGGCACCGGACAAGUUCCUCGGGGACCAGCGUUCCAGUUACAAUCACGACUUGACCUUCAAACUGAGCAUAGGCGAAAACAGUCCCGACCCGACCAUCAACGACAUCAUUCUGGAGGGCGGUGCCGGUCUUCGCGUCACCCAAGCGAUAUUCGGACAAGGAAACACAUUGCCUUCCGACACGCCAAAAAUGUACAAAUUCCGCCUACACGAGAACCCGGACUACGGAUGGCAGCCCAGGCUGUCUGCUCGCGAUUUCUUCAGCGUAUUAUCAAAUCUGACGGCCAUAAAAAUACGAGGAACAUAUUCCGACAGAGGUGUCGGAUUCCUGGACGACGUUUCACUUCAGACGGCCCGGCGAGGCGCUCCCGGAUUGCCGGCCAACUGGGUGGAAAUGUGCACUUGUCCCGAAGGAUACAUCGGACAAUUCUGCGAGUCGUGCGCACCUGGUUCUCGACAUGAGCCAACCAGCGGUGGUCCUUUCUCGCCAUGCGUCCCGUGUAACUGUCACGGUCAUGCCUCCAUCUGCGACGCGGACACAGGUAGGUGCAUUUGUCAGCACAACACGGCUGGCGAGAAUUGCGACAGGUGCGCGAAAGGAUACUACGGUAACGCUAUGCAGGGCACCGCACUCGACUGUAAACUGUGUCCGUGCCCCAACCAGGGAAGUUGCGUUUUGAUCGGAGAGGACACUGUCAUUUGUCUGGAAUGUCCCAAGGGAUACGGAGGCCCCAGAUGCGACAUAUGCAGUGACGGCUACUUCGGAGACCCAACCGGGAAGACCGGACCGAUCAGCAUUUGCAAAUCGUGCGACUGCAAUUCGAAUGUCGAUCCGAACGGAAUUGGUAACUGCAAUCGGACUACUGGCGAUUGUCUGAAGUGCAUCUACAACACGGGUGGAGCCCAGUGCGACCAAUGUCUACCUGGAUAUUUCGGGGACGCUCUUGCUCCCGAAAAAGGUGAUUGCAAACCUUGUGAUUGUUUCCAUCUCGGAACCACCGAAACGGGAUUCGGACCUUUGGCAUGCGAUCAGUUGACCGGCCAGUGCCAGUGUAAGCCACACGUUACUGGAGUAAACUGCGACCAGUGCGAAGUCGGUCACUUCAACAUAGCCAGCGGAGAUGGCUGUCAGUCAUGUGAUUGCGAUCCUGUGGGUUCAGUCAACAACACUUGUGACACCAACACCGGUCAAUGUAUUUGUCGUCCUGGCAUAACCGGCAAGAAAUGUGAUGCGUGCGAACCAUACCACUACGGAUUUUCAGUCGAGGGGUGUAAAUCGUGUGAUUGCGAUACCAUCGGUGCCGUGUCUUUGCAGUGCGAUGCGAACGGGCAAUGUCCGUGUUUGGAAAAUGUGGAAGGAAGACGUUGCGAUCAGUGUAAGGAAAACAAGUACGACCGGCAGAGAGGUUGUGUGAACUGUCCAGCCUGUUAUAAUUUGGUUCGAGAUGCCGUUGCAGCACACCGAGAAAACUUAAGAAAACUGGAAGACGUGUUAAAGAACAUUAAUAACAACCCAACUGUAGUAAUCGACGAUGAUUUUGAACAAAAACUGAAGGAAGUUCAGUCACAAGUCGAUGAGCUGGAACAGAAUGCCAAAUUCGCUACCGGUGGUAACAUCCCAACGAGUGACAAAUUAGAGUCACUUCAGAGUCAAAUAAAAGAAAUUCAAGAUCUAAUGGCCCAAACAUUGAGCUGGACGACUACAGCGGAAGAAAAAUCUUUAGAGGCUGAAAAUAACAUCAUGAAUAUUGAAAAAAUGAACGACAAAUCAGCAAACACGUUGAAAAGAGCGUUGGAGUACAUUGAAACAGAAGGAGCCACGUCGCUGCUCAAGGCGGUUACAAAAAGUAACGAACUCGGACAACAGAGCGACCAAAUGUCUGAGAUUGCCAGGGAAGCGCGAACGUUUUUAGCGUCAAAAGAGGAAGAAAUGGAAAAAAUGAGAGUUACUGCAGAAAAAGCAAGGCAUGUAUCACUUGAAGCAUAUAACAUCACCAGAGACGCUGUUAAUCAGCAGAAAAAUAUCAGUGAUGAAUUAAAAUCUUUGGAUACGGAGGUCAACUAUGUAAAGGAUAAAUUGAAUACAAUCAUUACCUCAGCAAACGAAGCACAGGAAUUGGUGACUAUGGUCAAUAAUGACUCAUUGACAAUAUAUCGAGAUAUUUACGCUAUAAACUUACCAGAUGUCAAUGUCGCAGUUUUGAAAGAAAAUAUUUCCAAUUUAAACGCAGAGGCCGAACAAAUCAAGAAUGAAUUAAAAAUGCAAGAAACUGACCUAAACAUUAGUAACCUCAUUAAGGAAGUAGCCGAUGAGCUACAACAAUCUGAGAUUACAUUAGCUCAAGGCGAGCAGCAGCAACGAACCAGGGAAAACUAUUUGGCACAAGCAAAUGCUUCUUAUGAAAAAGCAGAUCAAGCUGUUAAAUUAGGUGUAAAGAUUUUGGAAGAAGCUCAACAAACACUAAGCACAUUGCAAGCAUUCGACAAACAGGUGCAAGAUAGUAAAAAAAAUGCGACGGAGGCCUUAGGGCAGGUUUCACAAAUUAGACAGUUGAUAGAAGAGGCCAACGAUAAGACUAUACGUGCCCAACAAGCAUUAGCUGGAGCCGAACUGAGUGCUAUACAUGCCAGGGACACCGCCAAAGAAGCACAACAAACAUACGCUGAUCAAGCAUCAGAGGAUUCGAAGAAAAUAAAGAAAGCUGCGGAAAAUUUGGCGUCCGAAGUUCACAAGUUAUUCGACGAAAGUGUGGGACAGAUUAAACGAGUCGAGCACACCGCCGAACGCUUAAAGGACGCGGAAACCCAAUUCGAACAGGACCAAAAAAGCAUUGACGAUGCAAAAACGAAAAUCGGCCAAGCAAAAACAUCAGCAUCUGAAUCUAAAAAAAUGGUAGACAAAGCACUGCAGGAUGUCGAAAAAAUAUCAAAAGAAUUAUUAGAUCUGGCCGACAGUGAUACUGACAAGCUGAGUCUACUCAGCAGCAGAUUAGAAUCGGCCGAACAGGAGCUGAUGAACGCCGAGUUGGACAAGAAACUUGCGGCUAUCAAUAGUGCAAAGAUUUCUCAAGCUCAGUUAAUCAACAAACUAAAAGAGGAUAUCAAAACAUUGACAAACGAUGUAAAAAAUAUCGAAGCGAUACGACUGGCACUUCCGGUCGGAUGCUGGAAGAAAACGAAUAUAGAAGAAUUGCGUUGA